AUGGAUGAUCAUUCAAAUUAUAUUACAAGCAGCUUUAUUGCUUUCUGUAUAGAGAAGAAUAUCGAUUUACUUAUAUUACCUCCUCAUUGCUCUCAUUUGCUUCAGCUACUUAAUAUUGCAAUGUAUGGACCAAUGAAACGAUAUCAUGCUUUAAAGAUCGAUCGAUAUUCUCGAACUAGUAUCUUUAAUACAACUCUAGCAAACAGUAGUUCUCCUGUAUCAUCAACUCGUCGAUAUGCCAAGAGAAUGACUAGGCUUGUAGAAUCUCAAAAUGCUGAGAUAGCCUUACUCCGGAAACAGUUCGCUGAUGCUCAGGAAGUAAUUGAGACUCGAAAAAAGAGAACUAAAGGCAAAAGAGUCAAAUUACAAGAUCAAUUUGUCUUUAAUACUAAGGAAAUACUGAAAAUAAUAUAUGAGGCGAAGGAAAAACCUAAGGAGAAAAAGCUACGAGGACGACCACGCAAGCGCCCAAUUGAAGAAUCAGAAGAAGAGAUUGAAGAAGAAGAGCUAGAGAAUAGUUCAAAUGAUUCAGAAUUGGAAUUGGAGGAUUGUGUGGCUCGUAGAACAAGAUCGCGUGUAGAAUAA